AAGUACACGAUCCGUGGUAAGCAUGUAAAGGCUCGCUGUAUACAUGAACGCAGCAAGUCAGUACAUACGGACUUAUGUCAGUGCAUGCGUGAUACGUACAUGUGAAGCCAAGUUCCAAUAUGGUUGACAUUAGAAGUCAGGAUGACGCUGAGCAUGACAAGAAAUUCGAGCGAGAGCCGGGUUAUAGUUGUGGAACUGGUGCUUCCACCCCAUCCUCUCUGUCUGAUUAUGUCAUGAGUGAAGCCGAUGACAGUUCCGACAGUAGAUGUGCUGCACCGUUUACAUUGAGAUCCAUUGAAACGCAACUUGUCUUGACAAGGGAUGCUACGCCAACGGAUCUGCGGGAGAUGGUCAAACGUUGUAAAGAGAUGGUGAUGGAAAGUGCAGAAUGCAGUGAAGAACGCAAGUGGCUUGUUAGACGUCUAAUUGAAUUACGUCUGCGGGCUCAAGAACUAAGAGAAGUAUCCAGUGAGAAUCUAUUGGAAACGUGCGUUAUCUUAGGACAUCAUUUGGUACCGCAAAAAAAUCACGCAGUCACGUAUGGGCCAAUUUAUUGCGAUAAUUGUAGCGCCGCUGUGUGGACAAUGCUUCAAUCCUGGUACAUGUGUAAUGAUUGCGGAUUUUGCUGUCAUGCGAAGUGUCUAAGCGCCACCUGCCGCGUCUGUGCGCAUGUUGUCGCAAGCGAAGCUGGUGGAUAUACAUUUACCAAGGAUAUAUGCCCUGAGCGUGGUCUCUCCGCACAGUCGUACAGAUGCGCCGAAUGCAAUGCCAGCAUAACGUUUACUUUCUCCAAAGGAUUAUUUCUGUCGUGUUUUGGAAGUCCCUUCAAAUACACAGAGGCGGCCUGGAUAGAACCACGCCUUUGUGACUAUACUGGGCUGUAUUAUUGUCAACGCUGCCAUUGGAAUACUACUGCUCCCAUACCUGCCCGCAUAAUUCGAAAUUGGGAUAUGGAACCUCGAAAGGUAUCGCGAGCAGCAGCUCAGCUGUUGGAAAUUCUAGAACAGCGUCCAGUCUUGAAUCUAGAGCAGCUAAAUCCAAAAUUAUUCACAUUGGUUCCAGAUUUGUCGCUGGUCAAGAUAACGAAGGAUUGCCAUGGCGUGCUGGCUUGCGCUCACACAUGGUAGAAAACUCUGGAAGCUACGCGAUCAAAGAUUUAAUUGAUCUUCAGAAUGGAACGCUUAUAGAGGAAAUUCGAGCUGCGCAUGAUGCUAUGCGUACACAUAUCGCAGAACACUGUAAUUUGUGCAGAG